AUGGCCGCAUCAGAGAUUUUCGAGAGUUCAGAUGAGUGCCAAGUCUCCCCAUUCGUUCCUGCCGUCCUUUCAGCUCUCGAUAACCCUGCACAGCAGCCUGUCAAUGUGGCCUGCACCAUCUGCCACCGAAUACUCGACAUCUCGGAGAGCGUCAAGCAUCUGGUCGCGGAUUUCCUGGCCGCAGGCGGGCAAGCCAACUCGCACUCGACGUUCUACAAGGAUAACGACAUCGAGCAGGCCGCCGUGCUUAUCUGUGGACACCUCAUAGGCUACGAAUGUUACAAGCAGUUAUACACCAUCCGUAGACAGAUGCUGGAGGACGACCCGGGGGCCGAAUGCCCGGAUCCGGCAGCCUGUCCAAUCUGUCGCCAGGUGCUUCGUUUUACGGAUUGUAAGUGUCCCAUUGACGUGAAGGGCGUCCUAGCGCUGACCUACCCACUAGAGAAGAACUCUUACGAUCUCAUGAAGGGUUUCAACGAGAACGUUCCUCUAACCCUCACGGAAGGAGCCCAGUUGCCUCGCCUGUGCAAGCAGUGCGGGGAUGGGUAUCUCGAAGGCUACGAGCUCUCGGUCUGGGGGCGGCGCUGCUUCGUGUGCCUGCAUGGAACCGAAAUCGACAUCAUCCACGACAACGUGGCCGAAGCCCUCACCUCCAACCACACCUACUUCUGGCGGCUGUACCUCGACACGGCGUUCCCGGAGCAGGUCCGCGAGGCGGCCACGUUCGUCUUCCCGGAGUGCGUGGCCCGGGAGGCGCAGACGCGCGCCAGAGUGACUGGGCAGUUCGACGUCGGGCGCUUCAACUUCACGUGCGACCGCCUGUGCGACGAGUUCGAGGCCCACGUGUGGUCUUCAUGCGCGGUGCGCAACCCCGUGGAGUUCCGUGCCACUCGCAACAUCGUCGACCGGCACCGCAGCUCGCAGGCACAGCGGGCGCGGGCGCUGCGCUCGAUGGGCCCGCAUUGGUUCGAUCGGAAUCGGGUCGAGGAGUCACUGGAGGAAUAA